AUGGAGGAACGGAAGUGGAUCUCGGUGUCGGCCUCUCUUGAAGUGCCCACAUCAUCAGCCAAUCAUUCAACCAUUCCAUUCACGCCCACCUUUUCUCAAUCUAUAGAAUCCCAAGUGCCGCUGAAGAAACAAUUGCUAAAAGUGAAAUCGAUCGACUACUCGCAAUCACCGGUGAAACGAGUCCUCAUCGUUGAACACCGCGCCGCCUCGUUGGAUGCUCGGCAUCAUCCGUUUGAAGACAAAUCGUUAGACGAAGGAGGAGAAAACCAAAUAACAACGGUGACAGAGGAAAUCGGAUCAGAAAAGCCGAGAAAGUGCUCAAGAAAGAAGCGGGGACCAAGAAGGGCGGAUGGGGCCAGGGUGAGGGCCGCCACAUCGUCUCCCCAUCCGAGAAGUCCUCUCCCCAAUCACCUCUCCAAUCAUCUUCCCCAUCAUCUUCCCUCUCAUUCACCGUCUAUCCAAGCAUUGCACUCUCUUGCCUCAUCAGCUGCCGCAUGUCGUCCAACCGAGAUGAAGAAAAGCUUCUCCGAUUACAUUCUCGGAUGUGAGUUCAGCAAUUUCCUU